GCUAAAAGGUGUAUUAAAAUUCAAGUUGGCCCCUCCUUUAUAGAUUAUUCAGUGACUGCAAACUCUCGCAUUGUGGUGGUGACGGCUGGGGUGCGUCAGCAGGAGGGAGAGAGCCGACUGAACCUGGUCCAAAGAAACGUGAACAUCUUCAAACACAUCAUCCCUCAAAUCGUCAGAUACAGCCCUGACUGUAUUAUACUGGUGGUCUCCAACCCUGUUGAUGUGUUGACAUAUGUUACGUGGAAGCUGAGUGGUCUCCCCAUGCAUCGAGUCAUCGGCAGUGGCACAAAUUUGGACUCUGCUCGCUUUCGUUAUUUGAUGGCUGACAAACUGGGCAUUCACCCAAGCAGCUUCAAUGGCUGGAUCCUGGGAGAACAUGGAGACACCAGUGUUCCUGUCUGGAGUGGGGCAAAUGUGGCUGGAGUCAGUCUACAGACACUGAACCCAAACAUUGGCACUGAAGAGGAUGAGGAGAACUGGAAAGAGACUCACAAAAUGGUGGUGGACAGUGCGUAUGAAGUGAUUAAACUGAAGGGAUACACAAACUGGGCCAUUGGUCUGAGUGUGGCCGACCUCACAGAAAGCAUUAUGAGGAACAUGAACCGAAUCCACCCAGUCUCCACCAUGGUCCAGGGCAUGUAUGGGAUAGGUGAGGAGGUGUACCUGAGCCUGCCCUGUGUCCUGAAUGGAGGGGGCGUGUCCAGUGUGGUGAAUAUGACUCUGACACAGGAGGAAGUGGGUCAGCUGCAGGACAGUGCCAGCACCCUGUGGGACAUCCAGAAAGACCUGAAGGACCUCUGAAUGGACAGUAGGGGGCAAUAUGUUCCACAUCUCUUUAAAAAGGCUCUUCAUCUCCUGUCAUAGCUGUCUAUAGAGUCUCAGCUACAGUUGGUGUGUAUUCAUUUGACCAUUUAACUCUAUAGCAUAUGGCUUUCA